GUAGUCGUCCUCGUGGCGUACGCGUUCAGAUCAGCGAGACUACAAAAACUACAAUUUAUCAAAUCACCGUGAAAGCGAUUAACAAAUUCAUUAAAAAUGCCUCAGAAUGAAUACAUGGAACUCCACCGGAAGCGAUAUGGCUACCGGCUGGAUUACCACGAGAGAAAACGGAAGAAGGAGGCUCGAGAGCCCCACGAGAGAGCCAAGAAAGCGAAGAUGCUGACUGGUAUCAAAGCCAAGUUAUAUAACAAGAAGAGACAUGCAGAAAAGAUCCAGAUGAAGAAGACCAUCAAAAUGCACGAAGAGAAACUCAACAAGAAGCGUAAGACAGACGAAGUGCCCGAGGGCGCUGUUCCGGCCUACUUGCUGGACCGCGAGGGCCAAUCGCGGGCCAAAGUUCUCUCCAACAUGGUCAAACAGAAGAGGAAGGAGAAGGCAGGCAAAUGGGAUGUCCCCAUCCCCAAGGUGCGGGGCGUGUCUGAGCAAGAGGUCUUCAAGGUGCUCAAGACAGGCAAGAAGAGAGAUAAAGCCUGGAAGCGAAUGGUCACCAAAGUUUGCUAUGUCGGAGAGGGAUUCACAAGAAAACCGCCCAAAUAUGAACGCUUCAUCCGACCAAUGGGUCUACGUUUCAAGAAAGCUCAUGUCACACAUCCCGAGCUGAAAGCCACAUUCUACCUACCCAUCAUUGGAGUCAAGAAAAACCCCAACUCACCCCUGUACACACAGCUAGGGGUCAUCACCAAGGGAACCAUUGUAGAGGUUAACGUCAGCGAACUAGGUCUUGUCACACAAGGAGGCAAGGUUGUCUGGGGUAAAUACGCCCAAGUGACGAACAACCCAGAGAAUGACGGCUGCAUUAAUGCAGUCCUAUUAGUAUAAACAUUCCCAGAAAUAGACUUUAUUGGUCAUACGGGACAAUGGGCGCUUGUGCACCAUCCUAGAGGGCGCUAUGGAAUGGAAUGAAUGAAGGCAUUCUGAUAGCAAGAUUCACUGGUUCCCACCACUAGAAGUCAAGACCAACUGUGAGUGGAGGCCAGUGAACAUGACCAAGAAUGGAAGAAACAACUUGUCAGUAUUGUUAAUAGCGUGGAGCUCCAAAAUUUAGAUCUACAGAGCCAGGAACUCCUCGGGUGCCCCGUACUCUCUGUGAAGAGAGACGCUGAGCAGGGCUUUUGUGCACACUUGCUAGUGACUUUAUCUCUUCCCUGGAUAGAUGUCUUCAAUUUUAACUGACCUGCUGGAUUCAACACAGCUGCAUCAACUGCAUGUUGACAGAUUGAUGCAGAAAGCAUAUUCUACGUGUAGUCCGGUCCUGUGAGAAAGGACUUCUGUCUUUGAUCUGUGAUAGAACUGACUCAGAAACACUUCAGGAAAAGGUCCUUUAUUUUUUGUCACUGACAGAAGACAUAUACAAUGUAUAUGGAUUUUAAAGACAGAGAUCAUCUGUUCUCCAUUUAGUAACUUUUGUCGUAUUGAUGUACUGAGCUUUGUUCAUGGUAACCUUUGACAUAAAUGUGUGCUUUAAAACUCACCAGUCAAUAUCUGUUGGGCUGACUUAAUCAAUGUCUAAAGUAGUAGACAUUUCUGAGGUACCAUGCAUGCAGGAUUUCAAAGGGUUUUGCGAUAGAGGUGCUUAUGCAUGAUUGUUAUAGACAAACUGGGCCUUAUUUGGUCCUGCCGCUACACAGAAAAUACUUCUCAGCAAACUCAAGUGGUGAGCAACAUUCUGCCAUGAACCAGUUGUGAGCAGUAUCUAAUGCAUGUCACAUUAGUUGAUUACCAAUUGUUGCUGAGCAUGUAUUGUCUUUGUUUGCCAUGGCAGCUGGGUCUGAGAAGCGAUGUCCUGUAUCCCAACAUGGUAUCUUUUUGGAAUUUUACAUGUAGCGUUUGCAAGUGCGCUUGUACGUGGUUGAAGCUGUCCGUAGGACAUGUUGGUGAAACAGGUCUUAGCUCUCAUCUACACCGAGACCAUUUUCUCUUUUCAUUAGGAUGCAAAAAUAAAUGAUACAUGAAUCUCAGUUUGAUUUUUUAUGCCAGAAACAAAAGUGCUCAAAAAAUUUGUUUCAAAAAUUCAAGAGGCAUACUCAUUGAAUUCAUGCGUCUGCUUCCCAGUAUAUUUCCCGGGAUGAUUUCUGUUUUAAUGGCAAAUCCAUGAAAGGGUGUGACCAUUGGCCUUUUUACCGCCUGAAUUAAAUAAAACAUAUCUUUUUUGCCUGAAA